GCCAAAGGCUCCAGAAUCAAGAAUACAGUAGUAGCUCGUCUCUUUUCCCACUCACCUGCUCCCCAUGGUCAUCCUUCUCGCCCACAUAGGAUUCCCCUUGUAGACGUCUUCGCAACACAAAGCAAACAUUGCCUCAGGCAGCAGCACACCAGCAAUGUUACAGAUCAGAAGCAUCGGUACAGCAGUAGGCCCCUUUCGCCGUUGGAUGAACAUGUUCCAGACACUAGCUGCUUUGCAAUUAUCACGAGGUGCUUCCUGCGUCUUUUACGCACCCGACGAACAAGUCCUUGACGAGGAGGGCCACGAAGAUGAGGACUAUGAGGAUGAGCCUCAGACCCGAACAGUCUACGUACUACUCCUCUCCUGUAUGGUGGACGAUAGGUUACGGUUCGAUUUGCCGAUUUGCCGCGACUUAUUUUGAAGUUCGAUCACUGUUCGUUCUAGUCUUUUGAACUAUUUGUUAGUACACCUCAAAUAUUGCCGUCACAGGAGGUAAUA